CGCAGUCUUCCUUAAUGAUGCACUGUGGGAUUGAAGAGUAUUGACAUAGCAACCAGGCGACAGAGCCACGAAGUUUUUUUCAGUCCGUGUUAGUUUUUGCUGUCUGCUGUGCGUUUGAGCCACUUGGCUUUACUUUUGUCUGCUGUCAUGAAUGGAGCGGUGUUAAAAAAGACCCAGGACACGCUGGGUAAAGUGAUAAAGAAACCGCCUCUCACGGAAAAACUGCUAAGCAAACCGCCGUUCCGAUACUUACACGACAUCUUCAGUGAGGUCAUAAGGACCACAGGUUUCAUGAAAGGCCUGUAUGGAGAAAACGAAAUGAAGUCAGAUAAUGUUAAGGAUAAGGACUCUAAGAUAGUCUUCCUUCAGAAAGCAAUAGAUGUCGUGAUGUUGGUGAGUGGCGAGCCCCUGGCGGCAAAGCCAGCACGCAUUGUUGCCGGACAUGAGCCUGAGAAAACCAAUGAGCUGCUGCAGGCAAUAGCCAAGUGCUGCCUCAACAAGUUGUCCAGUGAUGAUGCAGUCAAGCGAGUGCUUGCAGGGGAAAAGGUGGACAUGAAGACUAAGGCCAGCACCUCCAGGUCCCAGGACAAGGAAAACAGGGAAGGACGCGAGCGUCAUCUGGACAGAGAGGAGAAGAAAAAAAUUACAGAGCGCAGCGGGAGCCGAGACCAGAAAGACCCAGGUCAGCCCAAAGAGCAAGAGAGCCGACGCAGGGAUGGGGAGAAAGAGCACCACCGCGACAGAGAGCACUCUGACAAGCACCAACGCAGUGAACAAGACCACCACACCAAAGUCCGUGACAAAGACAAGAGCCGUGACCAGGAGCGAGACAAGGACAGGGAUAAAGAUAAAGGGCGAGCCAAGGACAGGGACAAGGAGAAGGACAGAGAGAGGGACAGAGAAAGGGAAAAAGACAAAGACAGAGACAAGGCAAGAGAUAGGGAUUCUCACAGAGACCGUGAGAGAGACAGGGAAAAACGGAGAGACAGAGACAAAGAGCGAGAAAGAGAGAGAGAGAGACACAAAAAUGGUGAAGAGAGGAACAAAAGUGGAGAGCGUGGCAGUGGCAAGGCCAGAGUGUCAGAAGAAGCACAGCAAGAUCCCAACCCUGAAGAGACGAGCAAAACAACCAAACCUGUGUCAGCGCCUGCAGAAGCAGUUGAGAACCAGUCUGGUAGUCCAGCUAGAAUACCUCGGCCCUCAUCUGCCAAAGGGCAGAGACGAAGACCCAAAGUUGGUGGUCAAGAUGAAUCUGACAGUGAGGGAGACGGAGAUGCUCAGUUACCCCAAAGACCUGUUCCACAGGAGAACGGUGACGAUGAAGGUUCCUCAGUACCAUCCAACAUGUCCUCCAGCAGCAGGCGAAUACCACGGCCCAGCAGUGCUCGCCCAGCACCUCCUCGUGUCAAGAGACAGGAAAGUUACUCUGAUGUGACCCCAGCUGAAAGGCUGUCCAGUGCCAAGCCUCCAGCACCAGUCAUCAUGGACGGGAAGAGGCUGUCUGAGGAUGAGGAGGAUGUAGAUGAGCAGUUUGUUGUGGAGGAGGCCGUUCCUCCACCUGCAGAUGCUCCAGCAAUGGAGGAACCUUCACAAGAACUCCACAGGGAAGAAAAGCAUGGUGGCCUUGUGAAAAAGAUCCUUGAGACCAAGAAAGACUAUGAAUUGUCUCCGUCUUCCGCCAAAUCACAAGAGCAGAGCGCGGUGUCUGAAGCUGCGAGGAAGAAAGAGUGGGACAUGGUGACGAGGGAGAUAGAUCGGCUCCGCUCCUCCAUCCAGACGGUGUGCCGCAGCACCCUGCCUUUGGGUAAAAUCAUGGACUACAUACAGGAGGACAUGGACGCCAUGCAGGCUGAACUGAACACCUGGCGGCGGGAGAACAAAGAGCAUGCACAGGCCUUGCAGCAGGAGCAGAGAGCGACUGACCGGGCAGUGGAGCCUCUAAAGGUAGAACUAGCUGAGCUGGAGCAGCUUAUUAAGGAUCAGCAGGAUAAGAUUUGUGCUGUAAGGGCCAACAUACUGAAAAAUGAAGAGAAGCUCCAGAAGAUGGUAACUGGAAUCAACUUCUCUUCUAGAGCCUGAAAUGAGAAACAUGAUGCAAAGUGAAAAGCUGUCCUAAAAUGCACUGAAAUGAAGUGUUUCUCUUUUAGAAUAAAGGUAAGACCGGUUGUCAUUGAAAAAGAAUUAGGACGGGAUCCAAUACUGCACUUUUAGGGGUUUUGUCAGAAAAGGAGUUGGACACAAACAUAUCAGACGCUAUCAGAUGUCAGUUAGAUGUUGGUAAAUGAAAGCUCCGCGCGAUAGUUUGGAUGCCUGACUCUGUUUUAACAUCUGCUGACAGAUGAAUAAAUGAAUAAGUUGAAAGAAAAUCUUCCUGCUCUGCACACUGACUUUAUACCAUCUUUUACCCCUUUUCUGAAACGGUGCCUUUGUGGAAUGAGCCCGUGUACAGCUCAUGACUUGGAUGUUAGAUUAGAUAGUUGGAUUUAAUGCUGGGUCAGUCCAUCAGAAGCCCUCAUCAUGAACAAUAUUUAUCAUGAAAGUUUGAUCUGCUGUAUACUCGGCAAUCACAGAAACACCAGUAGGACCUUUUACAUGUCACACUGACCUUUUCUUUCCUCUGAGUCCUUUCUUUCAAGUUUUCCUUUCUAAAAAUUAAAAAAAAUAAAAGCAAGAUUAUUUUUU